UCGGCGAUCGACGAGAUGUAUUUUUGUUGAGAGACUGUAUAAUGAAAUCUAAUUUUAGUCUUUUCGUUGGUGUUUUGGUUGUUGGAGCAUUCAUUUUUUUAGUGCUAACAUCAAAAUCAGGAGCAGAUGAACGGAACGUCAAAUCCAUCAAAGCCAUGGAUAACACUGACGGCCGAGGUAACGUGCACGCAUUUGGUGUGCUUGACUACAUUAUAUUCAGUGCUAUGUUAGUGGUCUCAGCAGCUACCGGACUUUACCAUGCAUUUGCAGACAGUGGUCAAAAUACAACAGCAAGGUUCCUGAUGGCAGACAGAAGCAUGUUUAGUCUGCCGGUAGCCAUCUCCUUAUUAGCUUCCUUCUGUUCAGCAAUCACUAUCCUCGGCAUCCCUGCGGAGGUAUUUAAGCAUGGAGUCCAGUACUGGAUGGUUGUCUGGAGCUAUUUUCUGGUUCUCCCGAUAACAGCAAUCGUGUUCAUCCCAGUCUUCUACGAUUUGCAAUUAACAAGUGCAUAUGAGUACCUAGAUAGACGGUUUAGUAUGCUUAUACGUGUUUUGGGAGCAAGUCUGUUCAUUCUGCAAACUGUCUUCUACAUGGCUGUGGUUCUUUAUGCUCCUGCUCUUGCUCUUGAAGUUGUGACCAGUCUGGAAGUUUGGAAGACUGUUCUGAUGACGGGUAUUGUCUGUACAUUCUACACCUCACUUGGUGGAAUUAAAGCUGUAAUCUGGACAGACGUAUUUCAGUUUCUCGUACUUUUUGGUUCUCUCGUUGUCGUCAUCGUCUUAGGGACCAAUAGAGCUGGUGGGUUGGAGCAUGUGUGGACGUACAAUAAAGAGCAUGGACAACUCAACUUUUUUGUACCUGACACAAACCCUCUGAUGAGACUCAACAUAUGGAGCGUUGUGAUUGGUGGAACAUUCACUGCCUUACCUAUAUGGGCUGUCAGUCAGACUGCUGUUCAACGCUUUCUCACUGCAAAGGAUUUAAAGGGAGCGCAAAGGUCUAUUUGGUACUCGUUGCCAGGGAAUAUCAUAAUGAUUUCUAUUGUUGCUUUCUGUGGACUGGUUCUUUAUGCUUUCUAUGAUGGCACAACUCCAGGCAAACAAGUUCCAAAUUACAGUUCAGUAGACCAGAUUCUCAUUUACUUUGUCAGUCAAGAGUUUGGAACCAUUCCAGGAAUACAGGGUCUCUUUGUUGCCUGCCUUUUUGCUGGAACGUUAAGUACUGUGGCAUCUGGUCUGAACUCUCUGGCUGCUGUGACUCUAGUGGAUAUAGUCAAGCCUGUACGCAGUAUAAGGAAUAAAGAUGGAGGUCUUACAAGUGCAAUUCAAGAUAGACGCGAUACUUUGCUUUCAAAAGUAAUGACUUGUGGAUACGGUAUACUUAGUAUUCUAUUGGCCUAUGUAGCAUCCCAGCUUGAUGGUCUAAUACAAACAGCGAACACAGUGAUUGGUACAGCAGGAGGCCCUCUAUUGGGCUUGUUCUCUCUUGGUAUGCUCUAUCGCCGGGCAAACUCGGGUGGUGCCUUGAUAGGCCUUCUGUCUGGAUUUCUUCUUGCCUUGUGGAUCACCAUAGGAGCUAUAGUGCACACAGAUGGAGGAGAAGUUAGUGCUGAUGCCUUCUCACUGUACCAUCUCUCAUUCUUAUGGUAUAGCACUGCUUCUUUUUUUACCACAUUUUUCAUUGGCAUAGCAACAAGUGAGAUUGUACGCUGCGCUUUUGUUGAUGAGGAGCGUAAGAGUGUUGACCUCUUGACGAUGGCAAGAUUUCUCCGGCCCAAAGGUUGGAAACCGCCUUCAGCAGGGAGCACGUCCUUAGGCCUAGGAAUCGAUGACUCAUCUAGUGAGCAACUCUUAGCCCAUGAUGAUGAUGAUGAUGAUGAUGAGGACGAGGUUAAUGCUGUAGGGGGUUCAGCAACCGAUGAUAAGCACCUCUGGCAUAGUAUGGAAAGAAGUACUUACUUGAAAAAGGAGUCUGAACAUUAAACUGGAGAGCUGUAUGUUGUGAUGGCUCACGGACAGAACAGAUUUUCCACUUUUCCGAAAAAUGAAAGAAUUCAUUUUGAGGACUGACAGAUGUUGCAGCUUAUUUUAUUACCUCCGGCAAUGAGGUUAUGUAUUCACUAUUUCUUGCUGUCUCUUAGCAAUAUUACGCAAAAAAAAUAAUGAGUAAAUCAUCAUAAAAUUUAGUGAAAUUGUAAUAAUAAUCAAAGAUAGACACCAUUCAAUUUUCAGAAGAAAAGGUCAAAGGUCAUGGAAAUUCAAUUAUUUAGCCUUGAGCAUAAAAGAAAAUAAUGGAAUCGUUCCUUGUAUUCAGGUAGCACUCAAGAAAAUAAUGUAGUUUAAUACAGCGGGCGAUUCCAUUAUUUUCUUGAAGGUAUGCUGCAGAUUUGCCAGUCACACACUGCCUGCUUAUUGUUGGUAUUCAGGUACAGGGCAGAGGUAUACACUCUAUGGAGUGACUGCUCUAGUUAAUUUGUUUAUUUAUAUUCUAUGAAAAUAUGAAGUACUUCUUUUGCAGGUCAUUGGGUCCACAUGUUUAAGUGUUGCUGCUGUAAUCACCACAGAGCAGGCAGUCCCACCAGGUGGCUACCCAUUUAUACUCGUGGGUGGAGAGAAGCAAUGCAGAAAAAGCUGUCUUGCUCAAGGACACACGAAAUGCACAGUGGUGGAUUGAAAUCCCAACACCAAGGUUGGGAACCAAACCGUUCUUGCUGCGCCAAAAUUCUACAGUUUGCUCUUUGGUUUAUAUCCACCUACUGCUUUGUCCCAACAAUAUAGCCAGUAUCACUGGAAAAUUUCCUUUAUAUUCUGCAUUCUGAGUCUGAAUUUACUAGGAAGGUUGGUUCGUUGCCAAAUUUGAUUGGGACGUUUAAUAUACAGUACUUUUGAAGAGAGGAGUGGGGGAGGGGGUGUUUUGGUGAAUUUUCACUACUGGAGCAUGAUUUUUUUUUUGCUUAGGACAUGGAGGGGGAACUAAGGUUACAAGCUUUAGCAGGGGAGGGGUGCAUGGCGCCCCCCCCCCCUCUUGCAUCCCCGUAAGUAUGCCAAUGCAAGAAUAUAAGAGUGCUACCUCUAAAGGUGGGUAUACAAUAACAUAAUGCAACAAUGUACGCACAACGAAUCGUUUUUAGUGUCAAUCUGCUUGGUCUGUCAUCGAAAAUCAGCAGACAGUGUCGCCUCGUCAAGCGGUCAUCGAGAGCGGAGAUAAAUCCCUGUUGUGUACCUGGUUAAUGCAUUAUAUUCAAUAAAUUGUUACACCAAUUCAAUAUGCAAAUGACUCUUCAAAUAUGUGACUAAAUUUCAUUUGAAAUUUGGUGCACGAUGGAAUGUUUGAUUACGAAUACUGCUGUGUUCUGAUCCUAUUCCAGCAAAUCUUCGCAUUGUGAGCUGUUUCACCUGCUGCCAUUUUUCGGUGCCGAAAACACAGAUGCUUCUAACCCUAUCAAUCUAUCACUCCAUUAAUACAGCGCCAUUCAAAUGCUCUUUUCUCGAGGAAGCAAUGUUAUACUUUAUAUACUAGCGGAGGCAACUUAAAAGUGCGCAAUACAAAGAGUUUUAGUGUUGAAAAAUGUUUACUCCGAUUGUACACACAAUGCUCAUUUUUAGUUCUUUUGAUCUGACAUUGACCUGAAAAGUUGAUAACUGUUUGAUUUGAUUUUAAUUUUUUUAAAUAAGCAUUUCAAUAUUUUGAUUAAAUUGUUUAACAGUUUUUCAGUUUAUAUCACAUACAGUAUAUCUUUCAAACUAUUUUAACUUAAUUUAUUUAACAUGACCCUUCAACAUCUUAAUUAUAAGAUGUGUGAUUUUCUUUUUGGACUGUAGAGGUUGUAUUUAGGUUUUUUAUUAUUUACGUACAUUGGAAGUAUGAGAAUUAUACCAUUUAUGUAUUUUUCGACAUUUUUUCUAUGUAUGUAAUGUGCCCAGUAGUGUUACCGAUAGAAAGUUAGGGGUAAAAGCUGUGCGACUGGUGGUCGGACAAUUUUCGGUAAAGGCCACUGGGAUCUAGAAAAAUUUGACAUUUUUAGGCCAUUUUUAAAAAUUAUACAUUAAUAAUGUAGACUUAAAUUUUAACAUUCCAAUUUAAUUUCUGUAGCUGAAUUCAAAUUUAUAGAAUUGUUUAUAUUCAAUGACAAUAUAUUUAUUAUAUAUAUUUUAUAUAACACAUUAAGCUAAUAUUUUAAAGAGAACAACAGUUAUUAAAAUGUUUUUUUGACAUUAUUUUAGGACAUCUUUAAAAGGUGCAAAACUGUCUUUCAUUAGAUAAAUUUAUAUGUUGAUAAUUGACAUUUAUCUUAAAUAAAAAAAUAUUUAAAAUUUAAUGCCGUCUCUAGUUUAAAUUGUUUUCACAUUACCAAUUAGUUAUUUUCAGAUAAUUUAUUCUUUAUUAUUACAUAUUUUAACAUUUAUACAAUUUAUAUGCAUGUUGUAUUCAGUAAUCCUGUCUUCUGAGGUAAUGCCAGUCUUGAAAUGGGGGUGCUGAUAGGGGGGGGGGGAGGGGCUCGAUGAUCAGUUGAAGGGUGCUAAUUUGCAAAAUAAGGCUAUUUUAGGUGAUUUUUUAACUACUUGACCAUGAUUUCUGGGGGAGGGGUGUACCCCUUAGAUGUGCCACUGUUGUCUCCUGGUUGAAUUCAGUCAUUGCUUUACUUGUGUUUUACCUACAGUGCUGAAAUGCAAGAUAGUUGUAGCACUUUCCAUGUGCGUUCAAUACUUGCGUGUAUGUUAACACUGUAAACUUCACUGGAAAGAAAAGUGGUGGAUUGUCUGCUUUUUAAAAUAAAAAAUAAUAAUAAUUAUAAUUUAUAAUUUUCAGCCACAGCCAGGCAGGGGGUUUACAAAGGUCCAAGUCCUGGUUGUGUAUUAGAAAUUAAUUUUGGCCAUUUUUUACCAUGGAGGGCUUAGCCUUCUUUCCAUGCCCGCUGAUGCAACACUAUGUAUGUACAGCAUGUAAUACAAUAUGCAUGUACUGCAAGUGAUACGUACUGUACCAUCACAAAUGAUAAAAGAAUUGGCUGAUCUUCUGAAACCCAUUUUGUAAUGCACUUGCACAUAUUAUAACUCAGAUAUAAUAAAUACAGAUAGAAAUAA